GAUUGGGUUGCUUGUGAGUGCGGGCAUGACAGAGGAUUUGAAGCAAGAAGCUGGCACUUUGGAGGACCAGGAAUUGGCUGAACUAGAAGAGAAGCUGCCUGACCAAAUCCAGUCCCUCAAAGAGGAAGGUGCUGUUCAGAUAACCAACUACCAUGUACCUCAAGGAGCAGGGGAUAUAGUCAUGAUUCAGUCAGAUCACACCGGUGCUGUGGAUAUCCUUUCAGCUGAGCUGGAGACUGCAGACCUCCUUGGGGAGCAGAGGAAAGCUCAGCCUCCCCCUCUGGCUCCACCCACCAUGUGGACCACUGAGAAGAUGAAGGAAUUCAAAGCCAAGAUGGGAAAAGAGAAGAAUGGCCAGAUGGUGGUGAAGCGAGGAGAGGUGGUGACGGUCCGUGUGCCAACCCAUCCUGAUGGGAAAUGCAUUUGCUGGGAGUUUGCUACAGAUGACUACGACAUUGGGUUUGGAGUCUAUUUUGACUGGACCACGGUUACUAGCACUGCCAUUACUGUUCAGGUCAGUGAAUCCAGUGAUGAGGAGGAUGAAGAGGAGGAGGAAGAAAUUGAAGGACUUGCCCCUGUUGGUGACGUGGAAAGAGGUUCCAAAAGCUAUCUGCGGAACCGCUACGGAGAGAUCAUGCCCGUAUAUCGGAGGAACAGCCAUCGAGAGGUGCAGGCAGGCAGCCAUGAGUAUCCAGGCGAGGGCAUCUACCUGCUGAAAUUUGAUAACUCGUACUCUCUCCUCCGCAAUAAGACUCUGUUCUUUCAUGUCUAUUACACCAGCUGAAGCAAUGGGAAGGGGCAGGGACGGCAGACGGGUAACGGUGAGUGUAGCAGGCUGCCACCCAGCCCUAGUACUGCCUGAUGGGCACUUCUGUGUAACAGAACCAAGGCACAAUUCUGCCAGCUCCUCUUCAGACACUACCUGGUUUCUCUUCAUACCCUCCUUCCCUGCUGUACCAGUGCAGAAAGGUAGUUGUGACUGCCUGGUUGUCCACAGUCAGCUGCUCCUUCUGUAAAGCUUCUGGAGGUCUGCUCUGUGCAGGCAUCGGGCUGGGUCUUCAUGUCACAGCUGGUAAAUGCCCAGAGGCCAAGUUCAGGUGGUCAUGGUUUUGAUCUGUCGUGCCGGUACGAAAUGAAGUGAAAAUACAUCUGUUACUAUUUUGUGAAUAACUU